AUGUCAAACAUUAUAAAGAAGAAAAGAGGUUAUACAAUUGUAAAAAAACACAUUGUUAUUUACGAGUGGAUAAUAAAUGAAAUGAGUUCCUACAUAAAUUCUUCGUAUAAUUCCAUAGAAAGUGAAUCUCUUUUUUCUCCGAAAUUUUCAGCCGAUUCUCACGUCAAAGAUUUAUGGCAGCUUCAUUUAAAAUUCAACGGCCAGUCAACAGAGGUAAAAAAUUACGUGUCAAUAUUUCUGCGUUCAUUGAAUACCGAGCGAAGAAUAAAAACAAAAGCUGUUUAUUUUAUUUUAAACAAAAAAAGAGAGCGAGUCAAUGUGCAUAAAUUCAGCAAGGUGUAUGACGCCCAUCAGAGUUUAGGUUAUCAAAAAUUCAUUCUUAAAAGUGAGCUGCUGGAGAAGAAAAACGAAUGGGCAACGUAUGACACACUGACAUUGGGAGUGGAGCUCACUGUCUUUGAUGAUUAUUGGACAAUUUCUACUUCUCCUCCAUUUAACGAGUCAAAGCGAUUGAUGACCAACGACUACAAGGAUCUUUUUGACACCAAAAUGGACGCCGACGUAACUUUCAUUGUCGGAGAGAAAAAAUUUCAAGCACACAAGCUCGUGCUGAUGGUUCGUAGUCCUGUAUUUCGAGCCAUGCUGAGCUCGGACAUGCAAGAGAACAAAGAACAUGUUAUUAACAUCCCGGAUAUUAGUCCUGACAUGUUCAACAGCUUGUUGGAGUUCAUGUACACUGACAGAGUCGCUGACCUGGAUGCCGUAGCUGAAGACUUGGUGGAAGUUGCUGAUAAAUACCAAAUUCAAACUCUCAAGCAAGUUUGUCUUGAAGAACUCUGCAUGUCUGUUAAUAUUGAAAACGCAGCGAGGAUGAUUCUUCUUGCUGAUCGUCUCAACGCUGAAAUAAUGUUCAAGUAUGUCACUGAAUACAUUAGGAUCAAUGCUGAGACUGUUAUUCAAACUGAAGGAUACAAAUUGAUGGAGGCUGCGAAUCCAUGCUUGGCUCUGAUGAUUUUCAAAAAUUUUUCGGCUCUUAAGAUUGAAGACAAAUUUGCUGGACCUGCCGAUAAAGCUGAUGCAUAA